GAGAACACAAGCAACUGAAGGAUGUUCAUUAAGUACUUUCUGCUUCUCUCGGCAGCCACCUUACUGGCUGCUGAUCGCGUCUCCUUCCAGGCCAUCGUAGGCGGCAAGGACACUAGUAUUGAAGACAUUCCCUGGCAAGUGUCACUUCAAUAUAAUUCUCACCAUUUGUGUGGUGGUUCAAUCUACAAUGAGUGGAUCAUCAUAACCGCCGCUCAUUGCGUUGAUCGCAUUCGUGUCCAAGAUCUCAAGGUGCGCGUUGGCUCAACUAAACAAAACAGAGGAGGCCAACUGUUGGAUGUGGAAAAGGUUAAGAUUCAUCAGAAAUACUAUAAUGCAAAUAAUGUCUAUGCUGUGAACGAUGUGGCUCUGCUUCUCCUGAGUAAGCCAAUCCUCCUUAAUGGCAGUCGCAAAAUGAAAACCAUUGAACUGGCGACCUCAACACCGACCGAUGGUUCUACUGCCAAAGUUUCCGGUUGGGGGAAAACUACGUUCGGCUACCCUGAAAUUCUACAGAGUGUUGAUGUUGAAAUCGUAAGCUUUAAUGUUUGCAAAAACUCCUAUGAUCCCAAAAACUUCAAAGUAACUGAGGCUAUGAUUUGCGCUGCAUCUGAAGGUAAGGAUGCGUGCCACUCAGAUUCUGGUGGUCCGCUCGUUUCGAAUGGCCAAUUGGUCGGCAUUGUGUCUUGGGGCCCAAAACCCUGCAGUCAACCAGGUCUUCCAGGCGUUUAUGCCGACGUUGCUGUUUUCCGAAAUUGGAUUAUAAACGAGGCGGCUGAGCUCGUCCGAACGAAGAUGCAACGUUUGUGAAACCGUCUUCCAAAUAAAUGAUUAAAUCAUGAUUCCAAAGAA